AUGGCAUCUCAAACUCUCCUCAGCAUCCUGCGCUCGCGCAGCGCGGUUGACUGUGACACGCUCGACGCCUCUGUCGCUGCAGAGCUGGGCCCUUUUGUCGACUGCACCUGCAACCAGGCAAUUGCCUGCUUUGAGCUACAGGAGCACCGACACAAGGAUCUCCUCAACAAGGCGGCUGCGAUUGCGCAAGACGCGAGCCCAAGAUAUCCAGAUGUGAAAAUCGAAACACUGGCAGUCGAGAUCGGCACGAUACUGCUUGCACUCCAAGUCUAUCCCAACCUCACAGGCUUCGUACACAUUCAAACCAACCCGUUCGACGCCCAUAGCACCACCAAAACUGUGGCCGGCGCCCGACGCCUCGUGUCUCUUUUCCAAGAAAUCGACUCAGACUUUGACCCAACACGUAUCUGUAUCAAGAUCGCUAGCACAUGGGAGGGCUUGCUCGCGUGCCGGGAGCUUGAAAACCAGCACAACAUCCGAACCCUUGCUACAACGCUGUUCACCCUCGAGCAGGCAGCGCUGGCAGCAGAAGUUGGGUGCCGGUACAUCGCCCCAUACGUCAACCACCUCCGCGUGCACUUCGAUAAGUCGUACACCGAUCCGUCCCCAAACCUUGCGCUCUGCGUCGCAUCUCAGCGUUACUUCCUCGCACAUUCCUACUCCACGCAGGUCUUGCCCGCGAGCCUCACGAGCGCCGCCGAAUGCAUGAAGCUGGCCGGAGUCCAGCACAUCACCAUCGCACCCGCUUUGCUUCGCGAGCUUGCCGCCACGCAGGCUGGCGCGACAUCUCCCGCUGCGCAGGCUCACUCGCUGUUUGACGAUCCGUCGCUCGCUCAUGCGCCCGUGCCGCCCAAGUUGAGUUACCUGAACGACGAGGCAGGGUACAGGGCCGCGAUUACGCAGGCGAAUAAGGGGAAGGAGGAAGAAAAGCUGACCUACGCAAUCAAUACCUUCUGCGACAUGCAGCUCGCACUAGAGAAGGCGAUGAAGGCAGUACUGUCCGCGGCGACGUAA